CAAGGUUGGCUCACGCUUAGAACCCGGGUAGCGUCCGGGCGCACUGUUCCUUUUUUUCGUCCCUUUUGAGGACGCAUACCAUCAUCAAAAUCAGGCCUCCCGAGAUGGGCUGUUCGUCUUCCUCAGCUAGUCCUGGUAAUGCUGGUAACCAGGCUGGCGACAAACAAAACCAGGAACUCAGAUUGCUAGAUGAGUAUUCAGUUGGACUGACGCUUGGCGAAGGGGCAUUUGGCGUUGUGUCAGUAUGCAAAAAGAGGGCUACAGGCGAAGAGUUCGCCGUAAAGAUGGUGGACAAGGUUGAGACGCCAGUAGAAGCCAUCAAGAAAGAAGCGGACAUGCUUCAAAGCAUGGAUCAUCCGAACAUUGUCAAGUUUCAUGGUGUAUACUACGAGAGGUGCUUCGUUUGCAUCGUGAUGGACAAGCUGGAUGGCGGCGACUUGGUUGAGGGGCUGCAGCGACAUUUGAAGGAGCGUGGACAGAUCAACUGCCUAGACGUCGUGCACGUUGCGUACCAGAUGGCUGCCUCCAUUCACUAUCUGCACCAGAGGAAUGUGGUGCAUCGAGAUGUGAAGGGAGACAACUAUUUGAUGGACCGCAAGAACAUGACGGACAAGCAGUGCAAGAUCGUGCUCACUGACUUUGGAACUGCCUGCCAGGCAUCCCCCACAGACAAGCUCUCCUCCGGGGUUGGGACCAAGAUCUUUUGGUCGCCCGAGUUCUUUGACCGGGAAUAUAGCCAGAAGGUGGAUGUGUGGGCCAUGGGCGUCAUCAUGUACGGCCUGGUGAGCGGUCGCUUCCCUUUCAGAGAUGAGAACGACGUCAGGAACAAGGAGGUGCGAAUUCCAAAGCGCGUCCACCCGGUCUGCGAGGAGUUCAUUCGCAAGAUGCUGGACAAAAGCGAAAAGACACGGAUGAGUGCCACUGACGUGAUGAAUCACCCGUGGAUCGCUGGCAAGUUCGGAAAGGUGGAGGACAGCAACGGCAAGGCCGGAGAAGAGGAAGGCGACAAGGAUGCAGACGGCAUGGCGGAGGCCGGAGUGAACGAUGGUAUCAAGGAGAGGCGUCAGGAGCUGAUCCAGCGCAUGAACCGGGAAGCGGAGAGCCGCAAGGGGAUCGCCACCAAGAAGCAGCUCCAGAACCACAAACACAAGAAAUUUGUGGUCGCGGACAAGAUCGUACAGGGCGGCAAGGCCUCGUACGAGUGGUGGACGGAGGAUCAGGCCAAGAAGGACAAGCUUCUUGACUUUGACAACUUGGCACCAGCACCCAAGGACGAUCCUAUGGACCUGGCGAUGCUCCGCAAGCACCUCAUGGAGCACAACAUUGACCCCACCAAGUUCGGCGUGGGCAAGGCCAAGGGCAUCGAGCAGCUGGCCAAAGAGGUGGAGACGGGCGCUUCCAGGCUGAUGUUGGACGCCAAGGAGCACAAGAAGUUGGUGCGUGUGGUUGACAUCGUGGUGCUGAAGCUGCGGCCCGCAGAUGGCUCCAGGCUGCUGGUAGAAUUCAAGGAGCUGUUCCCAGAUGGCCGGGAGCGGGAAACGCUGCGCCUGCCCGGUACCAAGAAGGAGCCUCACGAGAACGCCAGGCAGACCUCGGAGCGCAUCCUGCGGGAGAUGAUGAACAUCGACCCCAGCACGGUGUCCUUCGACUUCUCCACGGUGGAGCGCCAGGAGGAGGAGACCGACUCCCCGUCCUUCCCGGGCGUCACCACGGUUUACCGCAAAGAGCUGGUGGAGUGCAAGGUGACGACGCCGGACAAGGCUGCCCAGGAGAAGGUGGGCCUGCCUGCCAUGCAGCAGUGGAACGCCAAGGACACUCAGGGCAACACCAAGUUCUUCACCUGGCUCACCGACAGCGAGGCGGAGGCCAAGAAGGUGAAGCUCAAGGUGCAGGGCUCCCACAUUUCCACGCUGGUGAAAGCCCCCAUCGGCCUGGAUGAGGAGGCCUUGCGCGAGUACCUCACCUCCCACAACAUCGACAUCAAAAAGUUCGGCAAAGAUGGUACCAAGUCGCUGAAGGAGUUCUCCAACGAGCUCAUCAAGGGCGAGACGCGGCUUUUGCAGGUGGAUGGUGGCGAGAUCCUGGUCAUCACAGAGGUGGUGAUGCUCAUCUUGCAAAAUCCAGAGGCCAAGGAGACCCUCGUGCAAACUGCACAGGUCUGGCCGGAUGGCAAGGCAAGCCACCAGGCACGCAUCCCCGGCGCCAAGCGCCGACCGGAUGAAAAUCAGUUUCUCUGCGCCCGGCGCAUCUUGAAGCGGCAGCUCGAGAUCGACGAGAAUGCUGUGCGCAUCUCUCAGGAGGUGGGCUAUAUCGAGGAAGACCGCAGCUCGAAGAGCUAUCCUGGACUGAAGACGGUCUACAGGAAGCGGGUCAUCAAGGGAGAGGUCAUCCCCAAUGCGUGAGCUGGAGCGGGACAAGCGUGAUUGAGGUUUUUCUAUUUCCGGGCAAAUGCCAGGUGAGCCAAACGGCUCCGAGUCCCGAUCACAAGGAUCACAAGGGGUUUAGCGGAAGACCUCGGGAUAAACUCACAUGGAUCAGCUGGAUCAAGUGCGUGACCGAGGUUGG